ACGUGUCUCAGUCUUCAACGUAACGUGAACGGAGGAAAGGCGAUGCUCCCGCUCCUCAGCCCCUGCACCUCCUCAUCCUCCUCUUCCUCUUCGCUCCUUUUCUUCGUCUUUUACGCGUCCCAGUCCGUAACGGGGGACUGACACAACCCUCACUCACACACCCAGAGGAAGGAUUACAAACACAUCCGAGCCGGUUCCGGACCUCCAUUGGCAAACAUCAGCGGCAGCGAGCCCCAGUUGUGGCCGGUGGGCAUGGUUUUAGAGGGCAGCUCAGAGGCGCUGUGUCCCCCCCCAUCUCUGGAGCUGCGUCCGUCCUGCAACAAGACCCAGCCCUCGCCUUCUCUGGGGUCCAGCUCGCAACCCCACGACGGAGUCUUCUCUGAGGACAAGGAGCCCGUCAAGUACGGCGAGCUCAUCGUCUUAGGGCACAAUGGGUCACUGGCCAAUGGGGACAAGGGUCGCAGAAGAAGUCGCCUGGCCCUUUAUAAGAGACCCAAAGCCAACGGGGUCAAACCAGAUGUUAUCCACAAUGUGUCAACCCCUCUGGUGUCAAAGGCACUCAGCAACAAAAGCCAGCACAGCAUCUCCUACACACUGUCACGGAGCCACUCUGUCAUUGUGGAAUACACCCAUGACACCAACACAGACAUGUUUCAGAUUGGCCGGUCCACAGAGAGCAUGAUCGACUUCGUGGUAACAGACACGGCGGGCAGUGGCAGUGGUCAGGGUGGGGGCGGUGGUGGUGGCGGCGGUGGCGGUGGUGGGGCAGCAGUGGAGGGCAGUGGAGGUGGAGGUGGAGGCCAGUCCGCCCAGAGCACCAUCAGCCGCUACGCCUGCCGCAUCAUGUGUGAACGCAGCGCUCCCUACACGGCUCGCAUCUACGCCGCCGGCUUCGACUCGUCCAAGAACAUCUUCCUGGGGGAGCGCGCUGCCAAAUGGAGGACGUCGGACGGUUUGAUGGAUGGCCUGACCACCAACGGCGUGCUGGUGAUGCACCCAGCGGGGGAGUUUGUAUCUGAGCCAGCCCCGGGUGUCUGGAGGGAAAUCUCAGUUUGCGGCAACGUCUUUGCCCUGAGGGAGACCCGCUCCGCCCAGCAGAGGGGAAAACUGGUUGAGAAUGAGUCAAACACCCUCCAGGACGGAUCCCUCAUCGAUCUAUGUGGAGCCACCCUGCUGUGGAGGACCCCUGCUGGGCUGCGCCACACCCCCACCCUCAAACAGCUGGAGUCCCUUCGCCAGGAGCUGAACGCGGCCCGGCCCCAGUGUCCGGUGGGCUUCAACACCCUGGCCUUCCCCAGUCUGGCCCAGCGCGAGAUCGUCGACAAGAAGCAACCCUGGGUUUACGUCAACUGCGGUCACGUACACGGAUACCACAACUGGGGUUACCGCAAGGAGAAAGGCCCCGCCGGUCCUGGGGGGACGGCGCCGGCCAGCACUGGGGAGAGGGAGUGUCCCAUGUGCCGGAGAGUGGGCCCUUAUGUGCCGCUGUGGCUGGGCUGUGAGGGGGGGUUGUACCUGGACGCCGGGCCACCCACUCACGCGUUCUGCCCCUGUGGUCACGUAUGCUCAGAAAAGACAGUGGUGGGCUGGAGCCAGAUCCCGUUACCACACGGCACCCAUGCCUUUCACGCUGCCUGCCCCUUCUGUGGCACCUGGUUGACGGGGGAGCAGGGCCACAUCAAACUCAUCUUCCAGGGCCCCGUCGACUGAAGCCCCCACCCGUCGGAAGAAGCACUCAGAGGAACGCGGUGUGGACGGAGCUGAUUAAAGACUGUGCUAGAACAAAAAUGUGAACACUCGAGUCUGGGCUGACGGAGAACGCACUGAUUGCUGAAGAACAGGAAAAGGACUGUUGAAAGGACGGACUGAAAGCAACAUGCAAUAGUAGACGCCAAGGCUUCAAAUGAAAUAUGAUGUGUAUGGAGAGAAUGUAAAUAAAUUGUGUUGAAAUGAA